AUGGGCGCCGGUCCGAGAUUCCCUUACCCCAAGGAGGUGUGGUCGCCCGCAGGUGGCUGGUGGACGCGCCCCAAGAACUGGGUGUCGAACACGACCGUCUGCGCCGUCGGCAUCGCCGUCGCCACGUACGGAGUAUGGACCUACAGCGCUGACCGCGAGUGGCGACACAACCCACCAACAAAGCCCAUCCCGUCCAUGGCUUGGGCCAAGCAGUUCAAAGACGGCGAUAUGACCGUCAAGGAGCCCUAG